GGGGGCGGGGAAGCUUCCCACCGGCACGCACAAAUCGGCGACGACGCGUUAACCGCUCGGCCCCCCACCUUCUUCCCUCCAGCUUAAUUUCGCCGCGUCUCCUCCUAUAUAUGCGCCCCGCGCCACGGCCGUUGCGCCCAUCCAUCCCCGACGUGAGACCAACACCACAAUCCACAUACACAAGGCAAAGAUGAGCCAGGACAACGGAGCCAACGGAAAUUCCGGCGCCGGCGCCGGCGACAAGGACCAGGAGGAGCCGAAGCGACAGACGCCGCGGCUCAACGAGCGGAUCCUCUCCUCGCUGUCCCGGAGGUCCGUCGCCGCCCACCCCUGGCACGAUCUCGAGAUCGGUCCUCAGGCUCCGGCGGUGUUCAACGUGGUGGUGGAGAUCACCAAGGGGAGCAAGGUCAAGUACGAGCUCGACAAGAAGACUGGCCUCAUCAAGGUUGACCGGAUCCUGUACUCGUCCGUGGUGUAUCCUCACAACUACGGCUUCGUUCCCCGCACGCUCUGCGAAGACAACGAUCCCAUCGAUGUCCUGGUCCUCAUGCAGGAACCGGUCCUCCCCGGCACCUUCCUCAGGGCCAGAGCCAUCGGCCUCAUGCCUAUGAUAGAUCAGGGAGAGAAAGAUGACAAGAUCAUAGCCGUCUGUGCCGAUGAUCCCGAGUACCACAACUUGAACAAUCUCAGUGAUCUUUCUCCACAUCGCCUCCAGGAAAUCCGACGCUUCUUCGAAGACUAUAAGAAGAAUGAAAACAAAGAGGUGGCUGUCAAUGAUUUCCUGCCCGCUGAUGAUGCCCGUAAUGCCAUCCAGCACUCCAUGGAUCUGUAUGCUCAAUACAUUAUGCAGAGCCUAAGGCGGUAGAGCGCGUCCCAAAAUUUGCUUUGCUCGUCUUUGUGUGAUCUAAAGCAAACAAUAUUCCAUCAGAACAUUUGGGAUCUGAUGAACAACCAAUUUACAAGAGUCUGUAACUCUGUAUUCUUAUACUUUCGCAUUAGUCUGUAUUAGCCUUAUUUUCCCACCGUUAUGCUACUCUGCGUUCCAAAAUUGUCUUCAGACGGCGUGUCUGGUUCAUGUACUAUCUCGCCAUUCUUACUGAACAAACUUUAUAUUGAUAUAUAGUUGAGCUAUUCUUGCCUGGA